GCAUCAGAGGGUUAAACAACCGCUGCAUGAUCAUAUUCACUGAUAGUGUGUCGAACAAGAAGCUUGUCAUGGCUCUAUUCUCGCUUGUUUUUGUUGCAGUAAUUUGUAUUGGUGACGUUUACUCGUACGAAGCGACAGAAUGCGAAAAGAAAUAUGUCUCUCAAUGCACCGAAGAAUUCAAAAAUGUUUGGAAAAGUUCUGGUGAAAACGAGAUACUCAGAGACGUAUACUGCAGGGCGUACAAGACUAUGGGAAGAUGCUUAACUACAGAUUCCAAGGACUGCGCUGGCAACAUGUUGGACAUAACUAGAAUGCUUAUUGUGGAACAUAUGCUUUUGGACAAGAGAGCCAGGGUGUGUCCUGACCACGAUAUUGAAGACUUCAAAAAACUUGUAGAAGCACAUUUGGAUGGUAAAGUGACAAGCAAACAUAUCAAGAAAGUUGAUUCUGACAAGAUGGAGCCAUGUGCUGUUAAAGUCAGCCACGAAUGCGCUGACUCCAUUGCAAGAAUCAUGCUCCACAACUUUAAGAAGGAGAAUGCAUGUGUAGCCCCCACAGUGGAGAAGAUCUUUGAGUGCUACGAAUCCAAAGUUGAAAAUUGCGACGCGGAUAUUUUUCACGAUGUUCUGGACACAUUCAAACAAAUGGGCAAGUUGACAACAGACAUGGCAACAAACCAGCAUGCGCUGAAUAAUUGUGAUCGUUAGGAGUGCGUGGAUAACUUUUKAAACUAAUUCAAGUGUUACUAAAUGAUGAGCCAUGCAUGAUGAGACGUUUAUUCUAAAAUAAAACUGUAACAAUGUAAUGUACUGCACGUUAUGAUUUAUAACUUCUAAACAAAGGGAAGAAGGCCUUGUAGUUCCUGGGCGCUACACUGAUAGGACAAAACGCAAAAAUUGCUAAUAUACUAAGCAAUGAAAUCAGAAAAAUUAAAGAAUGCUAUCCUCAUUUUGAACUAGAAAUUGAACAAAACGUUACUCACUUAACAGUGUUAAUGAAGCAAGAAGACAAUUAAUUGAUUUAUG